AUGACUUACGUAAAAAAUUAUGGUAAACCAGAUUUAUUCAUCACGAUGACAUGUAAUCCACAGUGGCCCGAGAUAUUAAAUAAUAUCCAUACUAAUUCAAAACCUCAAGACAGAUACGACAUAGUAAAUCGAGUUUUUCAUUUAAAGGUACGAAAGCUGUUAACUCUCAUUAAUAAACAUAAUAUAUUUGGCCCUCCACGGUGUUUUAUGUAUACGGUUGAAUGGCAAAAGCGUGGGUUACCACAUAUACACCUUCUUCUUUGGCUUACAAACAAAAUCCAACCAGACCAAAUUGACAGUGUAAUUACAGCUGAAAUACCAAAUAAAGAAGAAGAUCAAGAACUGUAUGAUAUUUUUGUAAAGCACAUGGUUCAUGGACCAUGUGGGGCUUUUAACCAUAAUUCACCAUGCAUGAUUGAGGGGAAGUGUUCUAAGAAAUUCCCAAAACAAUUUCAGAACAAUACCUCUUCUGGUGACGAUGGCUAUCCAAAGUAUAGAAGAUUAUCAUCCAAAGAAGUAUUUGAUGGUAAUAUUAAUGUUGAAUUAUGUAGUUCUAUAAAGUCGAUAAAAUAUGUAACUAAAUAUAUUAAUAAAGACAGCGAUCAAGCUACGUUUAGCGUGCAGUCGACAGAUGAAGUGGACCAAUAUCAGUCUGGUCGCUACAUUUGUAGCUCAGAAGCAAUUUGGCGGAUUUUAUCAUUUAGUAUACACGAGAGAGCACCAACUGUUAUCCAUCUCGCAGUUCACUUAAAAAAUGGUCAAAGGGUAUAUUUUUCAGAAAGUAAUGUAAGUGAUGUUGUUGAUAAUCCGCGAGAUACGACACUAACAGCGUUUUUUAAAUUAUGCGCAGAAGAUGAAUUUGCUAAAACGCUCACUUAUGAUAAAAUUCCAAGUUACUAUACAUGGAAUCAGGUUGAUAAAAAGUUUAAUCGGCGUAAACAAGGAACUGUGGUGGAAGGGCACCAUGGUGUCAAAAAAACCGAUGCUCUGGGCAGGGUAUAUACAAUCCAUCCUAACAAUACCGAGUGUUUUCACUUGAGGAUGCUGCUCCAUAUAGUUAAAGGUCCAACUUCUUUUCAAAGUCUUCGCACAGUGCAAAAUGUCAUUUAUGAUACUUUUCAAGGUGCAUGCAAAGCGUUGGGUUUAUUGGAUGACGAGUCUCAUUGGAAAAACACGCUAUCAGAAGCGUCUAUAUGUUGUACACCUAAAUCACUAAGAUGUUUAUUUGCUAUCAUGCUAACGUUUUGUCAAAUUACUGAUCCUUUGAUGCUUUGGCAAAAUUAUCGUGAAAAUAUGGCCGACGAUAAACUGCAUCGAAAACGACAGGAAUUGUCAUCAAAUGAUAUUAGUUUUGACCAAAGUAUAUUUGAUGAAGCUUUAUUUGAAUUAAACAAAGAAGUAGAAGUUUUAUCGGGAAAAUCUAUCUAUAUGGUGGAAAAAUUGCUCUUUCGUGACGAUACUAUGAGUGUCUGUAACGUUUCAAAGCAAAGUGGUACUGGUAAAUUGAUGCAGGACUGUAGUCUAAUUAUUUGGGACGAAGCGUCAAUGUCCCAAAAAACUCCAGUUGAAGUUUUAGAUAGAACGAUGCAAGACUUGCAUCAUAAUAAUAGUCCUAUGGGUGGCUGCACAGUGUUGUUCUCUGGAGACUUCCGUCAGAUCUUGCCUGUGGUUACAAGAGGGUCAAGAGCUGAUGAAGUCAACGCGUCUUUAAAAAGAUCCUACUUAUGGCCUUACAUAAAAAUAUUAGAACUUAAAACUAAUAUGAGAGCGCUAUGUACAGAUCAAUAUAAUAUAAAUUUUGUCAAAGAUUUACUUUUAAUAGGCAAAGGAGAAUUUCAAGCAAGGAAUGAUAAAAUAAAUAUUAAAAAAAGGGCUAUUUUGUCACCAACAAAUGAGCAAGUCGACAAAUUAAAUGAUUUGAUUCUAUCUAGGUUUGACGCUCAAUCACAAAUGUACUAUUCAGUUGAUACAGUUUUAGAAAAAGAGGAUGCAGUCCAUUCCCCAACUGAAUUUCUUAACUCUUUAACGCCUUCUGGAGUCCCACCACAUACACUGAUUUUAAACAUAGGGGAACCCAUUAUUUUAAUGGGAAAUUCGAGCCCACCCACACUUUGCAACGGUACAAGACUACAAAUCAAAAAAUUGAGAAGUUCAUUACUCGAGUACAUAAUAUUUACAGGCUGUGGUAAUGGAAAAACUGUUUUAAUACCAAGAAUACCAAUUAUACCCUCAGAUUUACCUUUUAAGUUUAAACGUAUUCAAUAUCCCGUUAAAUUAGCAUUUACAAUGACUAUAAAUAAAGCACAGGGACAAACACUUAACGUUGCUGGAAUUGACCUAAGCGUUCAAUGUUUUUCUCGCGGUCAACUAUACGUCGCCCUGUCACGUGUGACAUCCAAAUUUAAUUUGUAUAUUUUUGCCCCUGAUCCAGAAAAAGUUGAUAACAUUGUUUACAAAGAAAUUUUUUAA